GCUUCCUAGUUGUUCGUUGUGGGAUUCGUCUCCCCUUAACUCUUUAUCUCUAGAUCUAGACGUUUCUUUCCUGAGGCUUCAGCUGCUAUCCCUUGUCCUUUGUUAGUUAAAAAAAAAAAAAAAAAUUCCCUAGGCGGACCCACCCACGUUACCCAGGAGGCACCGCGAACGGACGCUGGUACCGUAUUCCCAGAGUUCCCCGUAUCUUUCGCUUGCGUCCGUAGACGUCGAAGCCAAGAUGGCGACUGGGACAGGCAAGCACAAGCUGCUGAGUACUGGCCCAACAGAGCCAUGGUCCAUCCGAGAGAAGUUGUGUUUAGCAUCUUCUGUUAUGAGGAGUGGAGAUCAGAACUGGGUAUCGGUUAGCAGAGCAAUCAAGCCUUUUGCAGAACCUGGCCGGCCUCCAGACUGGUUUUCUCAAAAACAUUGUGCUUCUCAGUAUUCGGAACUCUUAGAGACUACUGAGACUCCAAAACGGAAGCGGGGCGAGAAAGGAGAAGUGGUAGAAACUGUUGAAGAUGUUAUUGUUCGGAGAUUGACUGCCGAGAGAGUUGAGGAGCUAAAGAAAGUGAUAAAGGAGACACAGGAGAGAUACAGGCGGCUCAAAAGAGAUGCAGAACUAAUUCAGGCCGGACACAUGGACAGCAGGCUGGAUGAGCUUUGCAAUGACAUUGCAAUUUCCUUCUUUAGGAAAAAGAAAUUGGAGGAGGAAGAGGCUGAAGUGAAGAGGAAGGCUACAGAUGCUGCAUACCAGGCUCGGCAAGCAGUAAAAACACCUCCUCGAAGGCUGCCAACUGUGAUGGUCCGCUCACCUAUAGAUUCUGCCUCCCCAGGAGGUGAUUACCCACUGGGAGACUUGACUCCAACCACUAUGGAAGAGGCUACCUCUGGGGUAACCCCUGGGACUUUGCCGAGUACCCCAGUCACCUCGUUUCCUGGGAUUCCUGACACCCUUCCUCCAGGCUCUGCACCCUUAGAAGCCCCCAUGACCCCAGUAACAGAUGAGUCACCCCAGAAAAAGAUGCUUGGACAGAAAGCAACUCCACCCCCCUCCCCUCUGCUGUCAGAGCUCUUGAAGAAGGGCAGCCUCCUGCCUACUAGCCCCAGACUGGUAAAUGAGAGUGACAUGUCUGUGGCUUCUGGCCAUCUGAACAGCACAGGUGUGCUCCUGGAGGUAGGCGGGGUUCUUCCCAUGAUACAUGGUGGGGAGAUGCAGCCCACAACCAGUACUGUUGCAGCCUCCCCUGCUGCCUCAGGUGCUCCCACCCUUUCCCGGCUUCUAGAAGCUGGCCCUGCACAGUUCACCACUCCUCUUCCCUCCUUCACCACUGUUGCCAGCGAGCCUCCAGUGAAACUUGUGCCACCUCCUGUAGAGCCUGUGUCCCAGGCUACCAUUGUCAUGAUGCCUGCGCUGCCAGCACCAUCCUCUGCUCCGCCUGUCUCCACUCCUGAAAGUGCAGCUCCAGUGAGUCAGCCUGACAACUGUGUUCCCCUGGAAGCUGUGGGAGAUCCACAUACUGUGACUGUUUCCAUGGAUAGCAGUGAAAUCUCCAUGAUCAUUAAUUCUAUCAAAGAAGAGUGUUUCCGGUCAGGAGUAGCAGAAGCGCCUGGUGGAUCAAAGGCUCCAAGCAUAGAUGGGAAGGAAGAUUUAGAUCUGGCGGAGAAGAUGGAUAUUGCUGUGUCUUACACAGGUGAAGAGUUGGACUUUGAAACAGUUGGAGAUAUUAUUGCCAUCAUUGAAGACAAGGUUGAUGAUCACCCUGAAGUGCUGGAUGUGGCAGCUGUAGAAGCAGCACUGUCGUUCUGUGAAGAACAUGACGACCCUCAGUCCCUGCCUGGCCCUUGGGAGCACCCUAUCCAGCAGGAACGGGACAAGCCAGCCCCUCUUCCAGCACCAGAGACGACAGUCAAACAGGAGAGACCCGACUUUGAGGAGACCGAGAACAAAGGGAUCCAUGAACUGGUAGACAUCAGGGAGUCAGGUGUGGAGAUUAAGGUGGAACCUGCAGAGCCAGAGCCAGGCAUGUCAGGGGCCGAGAGAGUAGCUGGAGUCGGUCCAGUCUCAAGUAUGGAGCCACCAGAACUCAGGAGUCAAGACUUCGAUGAAGAACCUAGAAGUUCUGCAGCUGGAGAGAUUGGUGAAGCAGGUGGUUCCAGCGGGAAAGGCGACGAGAUGCCACUUUCCACUGUGAAGACAGAGGCAUCCCCUGAAAGCAUGUUGUCUCCAUCACAUGGCUCAAAUCCUAUUGAAGAUCCUUUAGAGGCAGAGACUCAACACAAGUUUGAAAUGUCAGACUCGUUGAAAGAAGAAUCAGGGACUAUUUUUGGAAGCCAGAUAAAGGAUGCUCCGGGUGAGGAGGAGGAAGAAGAUGGAGUCAGUGAAGUGGCUAGCCUAGAGGAGCCCAAGGAAGAGGACCAAGGAGAGGGCUAUUUGUCUGAGAUGGAUAAUGAGCCCCCUGUGAGCGAGAGUGACGAUGGCUUUAGUAUCCACAAUGCCACACUGCAGUCACACACACUGGCAGACUCCAUCCCAAGCAGCCCUGCCUCCUCACAGUUCUCCGUGUGCAGUGAAGAUCAGGAAGCAAUUCAGGCUCAGAAGAUAUGGAAGAAAGCCAUUAUGCUUGUGUGGAGAGCUGCAGCAAAUCACAGGUAUGCCAAUGUGUUCCUGCAACCUGUUACAGAUGACAUAGCACCUGGCUACCAUAGCAUUGUGCAGAGACCUAUGGAUUUGUCAACAAUUAAGAAAAACAUUGAAAAUGGACUGAUCCGCAGCACAGCCGAGUUUCAGCGUGACAUCAUGCUGAUGUUUCAGAAUGCUGUUAUGUAUAACAGCUCAGACCAUGAUGUGUAUCACAUGGCAGUGGAGAUGCAAAGAGAUGUCCUGGAACAGAUCCAGCAAUUCUUGGCCACACAGUUGAUUAUGCAAACAUCCGAGUCUGGAAUCAGUGCUAAAAGUCUUCGGGGGAGAGAUUCUACCCGAAAACAAGAUGCUUCAGAGAAGGACAGUGUCCCCAUGGGCUCUCCUGCCUUCCUUCUCUCUCUCUUUGAUGGGGGAACCAGGGGACGCCGCUGUGCCAUUGAAGCAGAUAUGAAGAUGAAGAAGUGAAGCCUCAGAGUCCCCUCUUUGAGCAGAACCUGAACUAGGAAUAAACAAGAUAGAGCUUGGGGCAUGUGGGCUCAGGUCCACACUUGAUCUUAGUCAAAAGGCUGAGAAGCAAUAUGGGCCCAGAAGAGAAGGUGCCUGGGCCAGAUGCCAUGAGUUGAGAAAAAUCUCUUUUCAGAGAGUUGGAGUAGCACAGUUGCCCGUUUUAGGGCAAAAAUCAUGGGUUGUGUUAAUGCCCUAAUGUGUAGCUAGCAGAUUGUAGCUAAUUUGUACUGUCUUGUGAAGUGUACAGACUUUUUUAAAAAAUAAACCUGUGAAGCUUGUGUAUAUAACAAACAGAAGGUAAA